AUGCUGCCGCCACUCCGAACAACACGGUCGUCCUCCGACUCCUGCUCGAAGAGUGGCCGGAAGGAAGCCUGUGGUGGCAUGGAGGGGUUGGAGGGCACCAUACCUCCCCAAGACAGGAGCAUACAAGGAGCCUCUACACGGGAACCGACCUAUCUCGCCACACCUUUGAUCGUUACAGCGAACUUCGGCAACUUCGAAAAUGCGAAGGUGCUCGUGGAGGUGUGGCCAGAAGGAGUUCAGGCAGUCGAUCGGUUCGAGAAGACAGCUCUUCAUGUUGCGGCGGAGUUCGGGCAUUUUCACAUCCUCCAGCUUCUGCUCGGACAAUGGCCUGAAGGGCUGUAUGUCAAGGACAUGAAUGGCCAGACGCUCAUGAACUAUGCAGCAUGCGGCGUGGUGAUUUCGCUUGGCUGCAAUGGCACCAUGCUGCCGCCUUGGAAGGAGGUAGCCUUGAGCCUGGAAUGUAAGCACUUGGACCUGCUUUCGAAGCAGGACCUGGAGCUUUGGCUGCAAUGCGGUGGUGACCUUCGGCUUCAACCUUUUGGGACACCACUGCUAAGCCACCUGAAGGAUGAGGAGGCUAUUCAGUUUUGGCAGGAGCGCCUGGAAUCUGAGCUGUCCGAGAAGAUUGUGGAAGACUGGGGCACUUGGGCAGCUCUAGGCGCUGCCCUCGUUGCCGCUUUUGCAGCCGUAGGCCUGGAGCAAUUGUAUGUCAAGCUCUGGAAGGCAGCUGACCAAGCAGACCGUAGUCCCUUUCAGCAAGGCGCCCACACAUUGGCAUGCAAGGCUUUCGGAGGCAGUGUGACGCUCCGGAAAGUCUGGCGUCUAAUGGAGAUCUUUUUUGUCAUGAUAAUUCUUGGCACCUGUCCACUUACUCUUAAUUGGGUGUCAUGGUACCCACUCGUGGCAGUGCUUUACGUCGUCCCCGGCAUCGUUGUCUAUGGCUUGAAGGGCGUAUCCAGCAACCCAGCUCUGAUCCUCACCACGAACAAUCUGGCAAACUAUGUCUUUGGCCUCCUGCGGUUGAUUGCCCUGCAGAUUCUGUACCGUCUUGUGCUUGAUUAUCAGAUGAGCCGUUGGUUCGAUGUUGCAGAGUAUACACAGCAGAUUCGUCCAAUAGAUGCCUCCUAUUGGCUAUCCUGGCUGGUUAACCCGGACUUUCAAACAUGGGUUUUACAGAAGCCAUGGGGGAUCUGGCGAGAGAGCUACUUGCAGGACGACUUUUCCUGGGCGCCACGCUGGAGUGCCGAUGACAUCUUUCAGGUAUUGCGUGAUACUUUCCAGGUUUUUCCGUGGCUGUAUGGCUCUUGCCUGCUCGUGGCAAUUCUUCACAGCUUUGGAAGGCGUCAUGCUCGAACAGCAACACUUUGCUGUGGAGACUUGGGGCAAAGCAUCACGAGGCAGGCACAUGAGAUUCAACUCGCAGUUCAGGACCUCCUGCAAAAGGAAGCUGAGAAAUUCCCCGAAGUGAACCCGAAGAUCAAGCCGGUAGUAGGUUGGGCGUGGCCUUGGCAAGAUGCUGGCAUUUAUUCCAAAGUUGCAUUCAUGUUGCUUGACGUGGCCCUUGACAUCAACACCGUCCUCGCAUUCUUCUCUGAGGGAAACAACGGGUUUGCGGGCAUCAUGGCUUUCACGGUUGCACGAAGUAUUCUGAAUCAGAUGCGCAUUCUUCGGCCAUGGAACCUCCGAAAGGCGAUCGAUGCCAGUAUCGCAAGAGGAAUUAUGCGACAAGACCUCUUGGACUUCCUCAUGGAAGAGAAGCGCUCCGAGGGUUUGGUUGCUGCCUGGCUCACCGCCUGGUCGAUCUUCUUGUCAGUCACGGCCUCUCAGAUGCUGCUGCAGACAUUCAGCUUCCUCCUCAGCUUGUAUUCAGUUGCAGGCUACCUGGUGCAAGUGUGUGAUUGGGAGAUCAAUCUCCAUCCCGAGGACACUCCCAAAGUUACCAAAGACGCAACUACACCGUCGCCCAUGGAGGACGAGGAUUUGGUUGAGAUCUGA